AUAAUUAAAUUAUAAGUAAUAUGGCACAUUCUGAAAGAGCCAAAGGGACGCAAGAAAGUAACCAGAGAUACGGACCUCUGCAAGAGCAACUGCCUAAAGCAGGAAAUCAAGCUGUUGGACCUAUUGAGAUAUUCCGCUUUGCUGAUAAUCUGGACAUCUUCCUCAUGACUCUGGGAAUACUGGCAUCUGUGGCAAAUGGAGCCACUGUUCCUUUAAUGUCUCUGGUUUUAGGAGAAAUAAGUGAUCAUUUCAUUAAUGGAUGUCUAGUCCAAACUAACAGAACGAACUAUCAGAACUGUUCUCAGUCUCAAGAGAAGCUAAGUGAAGAUAUCAGUAUGUUGACUCUGUAUUAUAUGGGGAUAGGAGCAGCUGCCCUUGUUUUUGGCUACGUGCAGAUUUCAUUCUGGGUCAUAACUGCAGCCCGGCAAACCACGAGAAUUCGAAAACAGUUUUUUCAUUCAGUUUUGGCACAAGACAUCAGCUGGUUUGAUGGCGGUGACAUCUGUGAACUGAACACUCGCAUGACUGGAGACAUCAACAAAGUCUGUGAUGGUAUUGGAGACAAGAUCGCUCUGCUGUUUCAGAAUGUAUCUGGGUUUUCUAUCGGCCUGGUGGUGAGCUUGGUAAAGAGCUGGAAGCUUUCCCUGGUGGUUCUGUCCACAUCUCCUCUCAUAAUGGCCUCCUCAGCAGUGUGCUCUAGGAUGGUCACCUCUUUGACCAGUAAGGAGCUGGGUGCCUAUUCCAAAGCUGGAGCUGUGGCUGAGGAGGUCUUGUCAUCCAUCCGAACAGUCACAGCCUUUGGGACCCAAGAGAAAGAAGUUCAAAGGUAUACACAGAACCUACAAGAUGCAAAGGACGCUGGUAUAAAGAAGGCUAUAGCUUCAAAGCUGUCUCUUGGAGCCGUCUACUUCUUUAUGAAUGGAGCCUAUGGACUGGCUUUUUGGUAUGGAACCUCCUUGAUUUUCAGUGGAGAGCCUGGUUACACCAUUGGGACUAUUCUUGCUGUUUUCUUCAGUGUGAUCCACAGUAGUUACUGCAUUGGGGCUGCAGCCCCUCACUUGGAAACCUUCACUGUAGCCCGGGGAGCCGCCUUUAACAUCUUCCAGGUUAUUGAUAAGAAACCCAAUAUAGAUAACUUUUCAACAACUGGAUAUAAACCUGACUGUAUAGAAGGAAACAUAGAAUUUAAAAAUGUUUCUUUCAGCUAUCCAUCAAGACCUUCUGUCAAGAUUCUGAAGGGACUCAAUCUCAGGAUUAAGUCUGGAGAGACAGUAGCGUUGGUUGGUCCCAGCGGCAGCGGCAAGACGACGACGGUCCGGCUCCUACAGCGGCUGUACGACCCGGAGGAAGGCUGCAUCACGCUGGAUGAGACCGACAUCCGAGCCCAGAACGUGAGGCAUUACCGAGAGCACGUUGGUGUGGUCAGCCAGGAGCCCGCUUUGUUUGGGACCACCGUCGGUAACAACAUUAAGUUUGGGCGCGAAGGCGUGAAUGACGAGGAGAUGGAACAGGCAGCGAAGGAGGCGAAUGCCUACGACUUCAUCAUGGCGUUUCCUAAGAAAUUUAAUACACUAGUAGGGGAAAAAGGAGCCCAAAUGAGCGGAGGCCAGAAACAGAGAAUCGCCAUUGCCCGAGCACUAGUUCGAAACCCCAAAAUUCUGAUCUUAGAUGAGGCUACGUCCGCCCUGGAUACAGAGAGCGAGUCAGCCGUCCAGGCUGCCCUGGAGAAGGCAAGCAAAGGUCGCACCACAAUUGUGGUAGCACACCGGCUCUCCACGGUUCGUGGAGCAGACCUGAUUGUGACCAUGAAGGAUGGCGUGGUGGCAGAGAAAGGGACCCAUGCUGAACUCAUGGCGAAGCAAGGGCUGUAUUACUCGCUUGCCAUGGCACAGGAUAUUAAAAAUGCCGAUGAACAAAUGGAAUCAAGGACAUUUUCCACUGAAGAAAAUGCCAGCUGUGGUUCUCUGUGUGAAGUGAAUAGCACCAAGUCCCCCUGCACCGACCAGUCUGAGGAAGCUAUCCACCAUCAAAAGGCAAGUCUUCCCGAAGUUUCUCUACUGAAAAUAUUUAAGUUAAGCAAGUCUGAAUGGCCUUUUGUGGUUCUGGGAACAUUGGCUUCUAUCAUAAAUGGAUCUGUUCACCCAGCAUUUUCCAUCAUCUUUGCAAAGUUAGUCACUAUGUUUGAAGACAAAAAUAAAGCUACAUUAAAGCAUGACGCUGAAGUCUACUCCAUGUUGCUAGUUGUCCUGGGUAUUGUUGCUCUUGUCACUUAUUUGAUGCAGGGGUUGUUUUAUGGCAGAGCAGAGGAAAAUUUAGCCAUGAGAUUAAGACACUUGGCAUUCAAAGCCAUGCUAUAUCAGGAUAUUGCCUGGUAUGAUGACAAAGAAAAUAGCACUGGAGCCCUGACCACAACGCUAGCCAUGGAUGUUGCUCAGAUUCAGGGUGCCACAGCUUCGAGAUUCGGUGUCACAGUACAGGAUGUGACCAACAUGGCGCUGUCCAUUCUCAUCUCCUUCAUCCACGGAUGGGAGAUGACACUCCUGAUCCUCAGCUUUGCGCCUGUGCUUGCAGUGACAGGAAUGAUUCAAACCGCAGCUGUGGCUGGCUUUGCCAACAAGGAUAAACAAGAGCUUAAGCAUGCUGGAAAGAUAGCAACUGAAGCUGUGGAGAACAUACGCACCGUAGUGUCACUAACAAGAGAGCGAGCCUUUGAGCAAAUGUACGAGGAGACGCUUCAGCUCCAACACAGGAAUGCCCUGAAGAGAGCACACAUCACUGGAAGCUGUUAUGCGGUCAGCCACGCUUUUGUGCACUUUGCCCACGCAGCAGGGUUUCGAUUUGGAGCCUAUUUGAUUAGAGCUGGAAGGAUGACACCAGAAGGCAUGUUCAUAGUUUUUACCGCCAUUGCAUAUGGGGCUAUGGCCAUUGGAGAAACGCUUGUUUGGGCUCCUGAAUAUUCCAAAGCCAAAGUUGGAGCUGCACAUCUGUUUGCUUUGCUGAAAAUGAAACCAACUAUAGACAGCUGCAGUCAAAGUGGGAAAAAACCAGACGCCUGUGAAGGAAACUUAGAAUUUCGAGAAGUUUCUUUCUUCUAUCCCUGUCGUCCGGAAGUCCCUGUCCUUCAUGACGUGUCCCUCUGCAUUGAGAAGGGGAAGACCGUGGCUUUUGUUGGGAGCAGUGGCUGUGGGAAAAGCACCUGUGUCCAACUGCUACAAAGAUUUUAUGACCCCGUGAAAGGACAAGUGCUGCUUGAUGGAGUCGAUGUAAAAGAAUUUAACGUGCAGUGGCUGCGCUCGCAGACAGCUAUCGUCUCCCAAGAGCCCGUGCUCUUCAACUGCAGCAUCGCCGAGAACAUCGCCUAUGGUGAGAACAGCCGCGUGGUGUCCUUUGAGGAGAUCAAAGAAGCCGCAGAUGCAGCCAACAUCCAUUCUUUCAUUGAAGGGCUCCCCAGGAAGUACAACACUCAAGUUGGACUGAGGGGAGUGCAGCUUUCUGGAGGCCAGAAACAAAGACUGGCUAUUGCAAGGGCUCUUCUCCGCAAGCCAAGAAUUUUACUGCUGGAUGAGGCUACGUCAGCCCUUGACAAUGAGAGUGAGAAGGUGGUUCAGCAGGCUCUCGAUAAAGCCCGGAGAGGAAGGACCUGCCUAGUGGUGGCUCAUAGACUCUCCACAAUACAGAAUGCGGACAUGAUCGUAGUCCUGCAGAAUGGAAAAAUCAAGGAGCAGGGAACACAUCAAGAGCUCCUGAGAAACCGAGACACGUACUUUAAACUAGUAGCCACACAUCACUAGCAGCAUCGUGGACACACGCGUGUUCCUUGCGUGCACUUUGACCUUGUGUAAUGAAGAGUGUAGUCAUUUCUUGGCCUGCUCUGGUCUCUCACUGCAAAUGUCAAUACUUAGUAUCCUGACACUCAAGUACACACGUGAAUCUAAAGUUCAAGUGUCUUCUCUUUAGAUUUUUAAAAGCAAACUAAAAGUAGCUGCAGAGACGGCUCAGGGGUUUAGAGUACUGGCUGCUCUUCUGGAAGACCUGGGUAUGAGUACCAAAGUCCACAUGACGGCUCACAAUCACCUGUAACUCCAGUUCCAGAGCGUCCACCCAACUCUCCUGGCCUCUGUGGGACCAGGCAUGCAUGUGAAAUUGGAAAAAAGAGCAAACCAAAAGUUUACACAAUGGAAAAAAAUGCCCAUACCUCUCAUCUCAUAAAAAUAUCUGAACAUAUUUUCUUAUAAACAGCUUUAUGCAAAAUAAGGGCAUUUCUCCAUCAAAGGUCCGUGACGAUGUCACAGGAGAGGAUCACGUGCCUGAGAGGUGUUAGCUGAAAGGGUAGAUGCAGCAAGUUAGGCCUGUGAUGCCGCAGACAGCGUCUUCAAUCGGGUGCUUUGUAGCAUGUUAGCAUACUGUCUGUGCCUUCCUUUCUCUAGACUGUAUAAACAUUCAGUCUGGUUCUUUUUAACUCUGCUGUAUCCUCUCAAUGGUCAGGGGUGGGGGAAUUCAAGAGGAGCACAGAGGAAAGUAGCCAGGAAAGGGAGACGGCUCCUGCUUCCUAGUUCGUACAGAGCCUCAUGCAGUCUUCCGGAAGACUCCAUUCCAAGCUUUGGGUAUUCAGUAUGAACACAUACUUGAAAUAAAAGAGACUUCUAC